AUGCCCCUCCCACCCAUCACCCCACCCCUCCUCAACUCCGCAAACCCAUGGUGCACAACCCUUGAACAACUCCAGGAACUCUACGACAGUCCACACACAGGCGCCAUCACAACGCGUACAUCCCUCCUCGGCGGUUUCCCGCACGAUCCCGCCCACCACCAAUUCACCUUCUUCAACCCCUCAACGCACACAACCAGCACGCCGAACAAAGACCUCAGCGGCGAUGCUAGCACGACAGGGAGUUUGAAUACGCUGGGGUAUUCACCGAUUCCGCUGGCCGAGUACCUGGAGUAUGUGAAGACGAUUAACGAGGGCUUGGGCUCCGUACCGCCGAACGGGAGGGAAACUUUCAAGCCGGUCAUUGUGUCCGUGACAGGCUCCGCAGAGGAGAUAGCGGAAUGCUACAGCCUCAUCGCCACCACGCAGUCCGAUGUUAAGAUGACGCUAGCCAUGGAAAUCAACCUCUCGUGUCCCAACAUCCCCGGAAAAACGCCGCCAGCGUACAACACCGCUGCUCUCCGCGAGUAUCUACUUGGGCUCAAAGUAGCGAUUGAUGUCGGCCUGACGAAAAGCGGGGGUGUAACGCAAAUUCCCGUUGGAAUCAAAAUCCCACCCUACACGUACAGCGAGCAGUUCGAGGGCUUGGUAGGUGUGUUAGUGGAAAGUGUGCAGAACAGCAUGAAACCCGUUUACCUACCCAGCCCCAUCUCCUUCAUCACAGCGGUAAACACGUUGGGUUCGAGUUUACUCCUCUCAGAUGGGGAAAGUACAGCAAAACCCGCUUUGAAAUCCGCAAACGGCACCGGGAUAGGUGGGCUGGCAGGCGCGGCGUUGCAUCCUCUUGCGUUGGGUAAUGUAGCUACGUUACGGCGGUUGCUGGAUCAGUCUGCGUCUGAGGAGCUGAAGGGGGUUGUGGUUAUAGGUGUGGGUGGUGUGGAGAACAAGGCCGGGUUUGAGAGGAUGAGGAGUGUAGGGGCUGGAGCUGUGGGUGUGGGGACGGCGUUGGGGAGGAAGGGUGUUGCUGUUUUUGGGGAGAUUAUUUCGGAAGGCAUGUAG